AUGAGGCGCGCCUUUGGCGCAGCUGCCGCCCUGGGCUCUUCCGCUUAUGUGCACAAUUCAGCUCAGCUGGGUACCGACAUGGUGCGCCCACGCGACAUGCCGCAUUCGCUUUCGCAGGCGUGCGACGUGGCUGCGGAGCCCGCCAGCUGCGCGGCGGCAAACUGCUCCGGCGAAGCCGGCCUCGCGGAGUGCCCCUGCGCCUGCGCGGGCGCCGCGCCCGCGGCGGCGGCCACGCGGCGGGCGACCGCCGACGGCUGCACGGGCGACGAGUGGUACUGCGGGUUCGUCGACUGCGCGUCGGAAGGCUCGCUGGACGCCUGCCCGUGCCUGUGUGCGCAGACCGCCACCUCCACCACCACCUCCAGCUGGACCACCACGGUUACGGCGACUGCAGACGUGGACUCCAUGGGCCCAGGCGAGUGCAUAGAGCCGUGGUGGUGUUCCGUCAUCGCCUGCGACGCUGGAUCAUCGUACAUAUCGCAGUGUUGUGCCAGUUGCGCGACUACGACCUUGAGUAGCACGGUCUCUUUGACGUUGACGACGCCGACCAGCGCGACGGAUACGACUACGGAAAGUACUGGCACGGAGACAAGCGUCACCUCGAGCGCGACGUCUACCAGCACAGCCACCACAAGGUCAGAAACCACAACAACGUCGAGCAACACAGCCACAAGCAGUAGCACCGCCACUUCCGACACCAGCACUACUGCAUCAACCUCGACCCCGUCGACCACAACUGGGACCAGUACGGCCACCACAAGGUCAUUUACCACAACAUCCGCUUCGUCGACUACGUCGACCAUCACAACAACAAGCAGUGUCACCACCACUUCCGGAACCACCUCUUCUACGUCAAGCUCUACCUUGUCUUCCACGUCUGGGACAAGCAAGACAACAGUAACUGUUACUAGCUCCGCCAGCUCGACAAGCAUCAGCACCACAAAGUCCAGCCUCAGCGUGACCAGCACCACGACCUGGACGAGUGGGACUAUCUCUAGCAGCACAACAAUAUCGGGUACGAGCUCUACCAGCCAGACGAGCCGACACCGCGACGUCUACGUACACGAGCUCCACCAGCCAGACCAGCGCCACUGCAACGUCUACCAGUGCCAGUUCAACCAGCACCCUGACGUCAACAAGUGCGAGCAUCACUAG